ACUACUACCACCACUUUAUAAUAAUGAAAUGUUUAGAAGAAAAUUGAAUCCAUAUAAUGCAAAUGAUUCUGAUUCAGUAUUGCCUGCAAACACAUACAAUCUUCGACGGUCCAAAAGAAUACGUAUUAAACCAUUGGAAUAUUGGCGAGGAGAACGUGUUUAUUAUAAGAUGGACACUUCAGGAGACUUAGUAAAUGGUGGAAUAAUAGCACCUGAAGAAAGAGAACCUAGGAAACCUAAAGCGAAAGUUGUUACAAAAUCUGUUCCAGAGAUCGAGAAUUUGCACGUUAACUCAACUUUCAAGGAAUAUUUUCCUCAGCCAGCUGUUGUUUUUGAUAAAGCAUCUAAUCAACAAAUUCUUCAAGAAUGCGUGCAUUAUGGUAGAUCACCUGUGUUUUUCAUUAGUAAUGAAAUAUUGUCCAUUUAUAAAUACUUGAAUACACCUUCCUUUGCUGCUGGAAAAAUAAUACUAAAUCCAUUAAAAGAAAAGGGAUAUCAGUAUUCCCUCACAGACACAUUGAUCUUUCACGUUGAUCAUGGUAAACUUCUUCUCAUGCUGAAUGAACAAAGCUAUUAUUUGACUGAUGGAAACUAUUUUUUUAUUCCACCAGGGAAUGUAUACAAUAUACGUAAUCUCUUGAAUAAAGAAUGUGUUCUCCUCUUCACACAGUUGAAAGGAAAAGAACAUCUUGCUUGACAACUAGGAAAUAUGCUUAUGGAGCAAUUAAUUUCUGAGUAAGAAACUUGGAACUUUUUGAGUUUGCGAAGACUAGUCUUCACUAUGUCUCAGAUAACUUAGAAACAACUGAAUAAUAUAUACAAAAAAAGAGGGAACUGACUAACAGAAGUGACAAAUUUAAAAAAAGAAGCAUUGUCUUAAUCACCUGAUUGAUGUAAACUUACUGCAUGGGAGAAGAGAAACUGCAGUAAAUGAGUUGCAGUAGUAGCUUUCAUGCAAACUUGGGAAAAUAUUAAGUGCCUAGCUAAGUAUAAAAUAUUAAUCUCUUUUGCACUUCUGAAAAACUCAAGAGGUUAUCAAAUGUUAAACAGAAGGGAAAUUCCAUUCUAUCUAAUUAAUUUGAAAGAUGUUCUUAAGUUUUUCUUUUU